AUGUUGAACGGAUUAAGUGGCUUAGAGGGCCGCAGGACAGAAUCCCUCGGUGUGGCUUUCGCCGUCGGUGUUCCCCGAGCCUCCCGAGGCCCCGGCCAGGCCCGAGGACGCGCCGUGACCUUGACCCAGCGAUGCUGCCGGGGCCGCCCGGGACAGCGGCAGGGGGCGCCCCCCGCGCUCGCGGCCUUCCCGCCCCGCCGCUCCCUCAGGAGCCUCGCGCGCCCUCACGCGGAGCCACGGCCGCUCUCGGCCCCAGCGCGGCCCCGCUCCUCACUGCAGAACCGGGCCGGUGUCCGGAGCGGGGCCCGGUCCAGCCGCCGGCGGCCCGAGCACCCGGCACUGCCGCAACUCCGCCCUCACGGGAGGGGAGCGCGCGGCCCGGAGCCAGCAGGGGGCGCCGCGCCCCCACCGGUCCCGCCUCCGCCCUUCCUCGGCGCGAGGCCGUCGAGCGCCCCCGAGCGGUCGCGCUUUAACACGGCCGGACGUGAGUGA